UGCCGCAUUGCUACAUUUUGCGACAUGUUUAGGCAAACGAUAGGCUACACAUUAAACUAUUAUGCUUUUAGAUGUUUACUUAUGAUAGGUACAGAUCAAAGAUAUGUAGUCUUUCAACAAUGAAAUAGGGUGCAAGAUCGAAAUGCUCGCAAGUCGCCCAGCUGGGCACCAUGACAACAUAUCAGAGACUCGUUGUUCAAUUGGAUACAUUUCCUGAGCUGGUCGUCUUGAGACAUCAUGAGGCGGACACGGACCGGGCCAGGGAGUACCAGGCGGCCGUGCGACUGCAGAGCUGGGUACGCGGGUACCGUAUUCGGGACCGGCUGCGACGUCUGCAUCAGCUGGCGGCCGUGAUCCAGCGCCACUGGAGGGGAUACCUGGGCCGACGAUACUACCGCCGGCUGCUCCAGGAGACCGUGCUGCGAGCGCAGGCCGACUAUUACCGGAGACAGGCGACCCUCAUCCAGAAAACAUGGCGCGGCUUUCGCUCGCGUCUCUUCGUGUUCAACUUUGCCGAGUGGAAGGGCUACCUGAACUUCGUGGCCGACCAGAAUGAUGAGCUGAGGGUUCAGUGCGCCCUAGAGUGCCGACGACUGAGUGAGGAGCGGAAGACGGUCUGCUCCUCAGAGAUCCUCCAGCAGAAGACGCUCAUCAAGACGCACCACAUGAUCAGCACUAAAACGAUUCCGGGCGUGUACAACUCGCCAUAUCACAGGGAGAGGAUUGGUAUCGAGAAGCACUUGGCCAGCAUUCGGUUCCCGGUUCGUCCAACGAAGAAAGCGAAAACCAAACCCGAAGACAAAGUAGAAAACGAUAAAUCCGCAUCGGGGGCCUCCAAAUUGCAGGGCCCGUUUCUGCCGCCGCUGGCGCUGCGUCGCCGCCUCAGUCGGCGGCCCUGUCAGUCUCUGCGCACCGCUGAGCCGUUCGAGAACACCGAGGCGGCCGUGCGCGACCAGAGGCGACUGGCCAAGGUGCACUGUGUCUCCGAACAACCGUUCCGGCCUCCGACGGCACAUCUACUACCUCCACUCCUAUCCUCGGUACACGCGGCCGUUCCAUACCGUGCGCCGCCGCCGUUCCGGGAGACGGACAGCAGUCGAUUCGUCGGCAGCGGCGACUUUCGCCGCGUGCUCCGACCCGUCGAGACCUUCGACGGGUGUGUGUAGACCGGCGGGGUCGCCUGAGACGGGGCAGCAGCGGCCGGGUACGUGGACGGGGUUCCUGCAGGGCGGGUUGCACUGGGCGAUGUGGCAGUGCAGCUCAUUGUCGGCGCACGAGCACGUGGUACACUCAUCUUCCUCCCACUGCUCGCUGUUGUUGUGGAACACGCCCGACCGAGAGAGGCACCCGUCUGUGGAGGGUCAAAGGUCAUCAGUGCGCUGUCUUGUGUGUGACAGUUUUGUUGAAACGUAUGACGGGGUUCAUGUCACGGUUAGGAGUGAAUGUGUGAUGGUGAUUGCUGUGGCACAAGUCCAGCAGUGCUCAUUACCAGGUCAAGAGUGGAAAUAAUAGGUGAUGGCGCCAAUGGCAGUAACCUGUGAAUUACAGGUCAGUGACAGAUGGCAGCACGUUUGAAAUAAAAUUUCUCAAUAAACAUGUGAGAAAAUUCUCAUCAUGGGUGGAAUG